AUGUCAGGAAAUGCUCAGAAGCCCGAUGCGUCCGAGAUGCUAGCAGACUUGGAUUUGAACAAGAAGACGAAGGAAACUACGCUCGAGGCGGGUUCCGCCGAGAGUGCGCCAUCGGCGCCUGCGGAAAAUCAGGCAAAGUCCGAUUCGAACCUCAUCAACUCAGAAUACGAGGUCAAGGUGCGCUUGGCAGACAUCCAGGCGGACCCAAACUCACCGCUAUACAGUGUGAAGUCCUUUGAGGAGCUUGGGCUUGCACCGGAGUUGCUGAAGGGUCUUUACGCAAUGAAGUUCCAGAAGCCGUCUAAAAUUCAGGAACGCGCACUACCGCUGCUGUUGCACAACCCCCCCAGAAACAUGAUCGCGCAGUCCCAAUCCGGGACGGGGAAGACCGCUGCCUUUUCGCUCACAAUGCUGUCCCGCGUGGACGUUGCGGUUCCUGCCACGCAGGCCAUCUGUCUGGCGCCGUCGCGCGAGCUCGCGCGCCAAACGCUGGAGGUGAUCCAGGAGAUGGGCAAGUUUACCAAGAUUGCAUCGCAGCUCAUAGUCCCCGACUCAUACGAGAAGAACAAGGCGAUCAACGCCCACAUUAUCGUCGGCACCCCCGGCACGGUGCUCGACCUCAUGCGCAGAAAGAUGAUCCAGCUGGGCAAGGUCAAGACGUUCGUUCUGGACGAGGCUGACAAUAUGCUUGACAAGCAGGGCCUGGGAGACCAGUGCAUCCGGGUCAAGAAGUUCCUACCGAAGGACACCCAGCUGGUGCUGUUUUCCGCCACGUUCGACGACAGUGUCCGCGAGUACGCGCGCAGGGUGGUGCCCAACGCAAACUCGCUCGAGCUACAGAGAAACGAGGUCAACGUCAGCGCAAUCAAGCAGCUCUUCAUGGACUGCAACGACGAGCGCCACAAGUUCACCGUGCUCUGCGACCUGUACGGCUUGCUCACAAUCGGGUCCUCGAUCAUUUUCGUCCAGACAAAGCAAACAGCAAACAUGCUCUACACGGAGCUCAAGCGCGAGGGGCAUCAGGUCUCCAUCCUGCACGGCGAUCUGCAGAGCGCCGACAGAGACCGCCUCAUCGGCGACUUCCGUGAGGGCCGCUCGAAGGUGCUCAUCACCACCAACGUCCUUGCGCGCGGCAUCGACAUCCCAACGGUCUCCAUGGUCGUCAACUAUGAUCUGCCGAUGACCGCAAACGGCCAGCCCGAUCCAUCUACCUAUGUUCACCGGAUUGGUCGGACCGGCCGCUUCGGCAGAACCGGCGUCGCAAUCUCCUUCAUCCACGACAAGAAGUCCUACGAGACGCUCGCCGCCAUCCAGAGCUACUUCGGCGAUAUCCAGAUCACCAAGGUGCCCACGGACGACAUGGACGAGAUGGAGAAGAUAGUCAAGAAGGUGCUCAAGUAG